AGGUUAGAACGUUAAAUUUCUCUUAUUUUGGAAAUUUAUUUAUAUGUGUUUUUUUUUUUUGCUAAAAAUGUCUCUUAAAUUAUUAGCAAUACUAUGUAUUGCGCCUUUGGUAUGUAGCCAAAAUUACAGGUUAUCAGGGACUGUAGAGCCAUUGUCCUAUAUUGUGCAUCUGUCUAUUCCCACAGGAGUUUUUACUGGAGUAGAUGAUACUUUUACAGGCGAAACAAAAAUCAACUUUAGAGUAACAAGUACAAACAUAUCUGAAAUACAAUUACAUCAUCGAGUGAAAAAUGUUACAGUUGAACUAGCAGUUAAUGAUUUGACAAUGAUAGCAUUUCUUGAACCUACUUAUAAUGAAACAACUGAAAUUUACACUAUACCAACCGCUACGCCGUUAAGUGUAGAUACAAUUUACACAUUAACAUUUACUUAUUCAAAUACUUUCGAAGCUAAAAACAUGGAAGGAUUCUACUCCAGCAAAUACAAAAAUGAAAAUAAUGAGACUUCCUAUCUGGUAACUACUCAGUUUCAACCUACUCAUGCCAGGCACGCUUUUCCUUGUUUUGAUGAGCCUCAAUACAAAGCUACUUUUGCUGUUAGUUUGACUUAUCCAUCGGGAUUAUUGGCUUUAAGUAAUAGUUUGGAGGAUAAUACCACUGAGCCUGUUGAUGGCUACGUAACAACGCACUAUAAAGAAACUACACGCAUGUCAACGUAUCUAGUAGCAUUUAUCAUAUCGGAGUUCACUUGCUCUGCGCAAGAUACAAUCGACAAUAACGUCCUUCAUAGAGUCUGUUCUAGACAAGAAGAAGCGCAAGAUAGAACUUGGGCUGUAGAAGUUGGCCCACCACUAAUAAGAUCUUUGGAAAGCAUGUUCGGAAUUAAAUAUGGUUCGUACAUGCCAAAAAUGGACCAAAUAGCUAUUCCGGACUUUUCGGCCGGGGCCAUGGAAAAUUGGGGUCUGGUCACUUACAGGGAAACGGGUUUGCUUUUUAGCGAAGAGGACACGGCGAUCACUUACAAGAAAAACAUUGCACUGGUUAUUGCGCACGAGUUCACUCACAUGUGGUUCGGUAAUUUGGUGACGUGCAAAUGGUGGGAUUAUACGUUUCUCAAUGAGGGAUUUGCUAGAUACUAUCAAUAUUUUGCUGCUGCACUUACUAAACAGUUGAUUGACUGGGAGUUGGAAAAGCAUUUCAAUGUAGAACAGGUACAAUCUGCUUUGCUGGCUGACUCAAGUUUGAAUGCUCACGCUUUGACCUCAAAAUCGGAAACUCAGAGAGAAAUUUCAGAUAAAUUCAGCACAAUUAGCUAUAACAAAGGUGCCUCAAUUUAUAGAAUGAUUGAAACUAACAUUAUGGGCGCCGGUAAUUUUAUUUACGGUAUAAGGGAUUAUCUUUCAAAUAACACGUUACAGGCAACAGUUCCAGCCGAUUUAUGGUCAAAACUUGCACCUCACGUACCAAACACAAGUCUACCUCAGGGAAUUGACUUAACCACUGUUUUAAACAAUUGGGUUGAGCACAGUGGCCAUCCUGUAGUGAAAGUUGCCAAAAGUGGCAAUGAUGUUGUAUUAAGUCAAGAAAGAUUCCUACUAUCUGGAAACGACACUACAGAAUAUUAUGUCCCUAUAACAUACACAUUAUCAAGUGAUGUUACAAAAUUCUCGAACACCACAGUAAAGACUUGGUUAAUACCUGGUCAAUCUCUGACGUUGACUGGGGUUUUAACUGACAAUAAUUGGAUUAUACUUAAUAAUCGACAAUCAGGAUUCUACCGUGUCGAUUACGACUCCACUCUUUGGUCAGCAAUCAAAGCUCAGCUACAUUCCAAUCACUUAGCAAUAGAUGUUUUGAACAGAGCCCAAAUAAUUAGCGACGCUUACAAUUUCGCUAGAGCUGGCCGUAAUGACGGUUAUGGAAGCUGGACUUACGCAGAGCUCAUGAGUGUUUUAAGCUACCUUGAAUACGAAGUGGACUACUAUCCUUGGUACGCCGCUAUUACUGGACAUAAUCAUUUAUUGCAAAGGAUCGGCUAUGAUUCUGAAGAAGGUCAACUGUUCAUAAAUUGGAUGUUGAAACUUAUGCAAAAUGUCUACAAAACAGUACCGUUUGAUGUACUCGAUAGUUCGAAUCAAGUUUACAGCAUGAAGCAAAUGUUGAUUCUCAACAGGGCUUGUAAAUAUGGCGAAGCGGAGUGUGUCAGUAAAUCCAAGGAGUUGUUUGCUGGAUAUAGGGAUAAAGGUGUCAAAGUUCCCAAAAAUCUAAGAAACUUAGUCUACUGCACCGCUCUACGACACAGCGAUAAUAUAGCAACCGAUUUCAACUUUUUAUGGUCUAAGUUCGGUGAAACCAAACUAAUGUCCGAGAUCCUGACCAUUUUGAGUGGACUGGGCUGUACCAACGACACCGCCACAUUGAAAUGGUAUUUGGGACAAACACUUAAUGAAACCGCAGGAAUUAGAUUGCAAGAUUUUACCUCGGUUUGGACAUACGUCUUCAGUAGUGGUAAAGUUGGAACAAAUGCUGCCCUUGAAUUUAUUGCUGAAAAUUAUCAGACACUUAAUGAUGCUUACUCCAACUGUGGAAGCCUCAUUUCAAGUGCUGCUAAUUACAUAUACGACGAAGACCAACUAGUAAAAGUGGAAGCUUUGGUGAAUUUAACUGGAAUAUUAGACACUCAUAAAGUAACUGCUGAAAAGGCUUUGGUAUCUGCGAAAGAUAUUAUUUCAUGGGCGAAAACGUUAAAGGAAGAUAUAAGACAGUUUUUAGCAGAUGAUAAUAAUGAUAACACUGAUAAUAGUGGUGCAGUAAUUCAUACAUCAUCAGUGCUUUUAAUUUCAGUGUUUAUAAUUGUUGCAAACAUCGUUUUCUAGUUUUGCUGUGAAUAAAUUUUGUUUUCUACUA